AUGGCCAAGCGCCCGUCGGACGCGGCGGAGAGCGUGCCGCCGAAGCGCGCGCGCCAGGCGCAGGCGCGGCGUAUCGGCGCUAGUGCUAUUGCGCCGAGCACCUCGGUCCCAGGCCAGCUCGACGUCGAUGCGGCGAUCAAGGCGCGCACGUCGGAGAUUAUUACGCUUUUUCGCGCGAUGAAACACGCGCGCGAGGCGACCAACACGCGUGCGUGGCAGCUGCUGCCCCGCCACCUGCGCCGCCGCGCAGCGUCGCACAAUCUGCUGCGUUUACCGGCGCGCCUGCGCUGGAAGGCGAGCGCCGAGCUGCGCGCGUCCAAUACCGCCGCCAAGACGCGCAGCCAGAUGCGGCGCCGCAUGCCGGAGCGCACGCUCACCGGCUUUGUGCGCCGGCGCAACGACCUCGCACGCCGCGCGGGGCGCACGGACCGGCGCUGGCUCGAGACGCACCUGUGGCACGCCAAGCGAUUCCGCAUGUCCAUCGACAAGCACGCACAGGACGGCGGCCCUGGAUCGUUUGGCUUCUCGCUGGCCGAGUCGCCGCACCACAAGAGCUUCCGUCGGAGCGUGCGCUACACAAGCGACACGGCCAUGCUGCACGAUGCAAGCUACACGUCUGUCUUUCGCCUCACCGCGCAGUCGUCCAGGAAUCAGCCGAUGCAGGCGACACGGCGCCUACAGCUCCUCCUCUUUCUCGCAGGCGCGGCACACGGCUGGGAGGACGUGUGGACGACGGGCGCAAAGGUGUGCGAUACGACACUCUUGCAGCGCCCGACCGGCGAUCGCGCAAACCACGCCACGGCUCUGUACCUGCCGCCCGUUGCUCCGAUCCACGUCUUGUGGGUGCGCCGCAGCGGCGCGGCGCGCGAGUGCCAUGUGUGGGUGCAUCCCGCCGCGGCCGCCGAGACGCACCGCCUCUUGCAGCAGGCACUUGAUGCAGUACGUGCCGAGGUACGCCGCGGCACGCCGCACAAGUGCCCGGUCGAGCAGCGCUGGGACGUCCCGGUCAAGGUCGAGGUGACACAGCUCGCGAGCGCGCCGGACCCCGCGCUGGCUGCCCAGGCGCCCAAUACGCGCCGGGGGCGUGUGCACGGCGUGCAAGCCGCGACCGUGGGAGACGAUGACGGGUACAACCUCUUCCAGGUCAAAGGGAUGGCCGCAGGGCGCGUCCUCGGCGGUGUCCUGCGCCUCGCCGAUGCAUCGAGCCGCGAAGAGGGCGCGCAGCAGGCCUUCUUCCGGCGCAUUGCGUGUCUUCAGGACGGCGUGCCGCCGUCGUACGUCGAGCGAGGAACGGUCGUGUGCGUCGACGUGCUGGAUCCCCGCCUGUCGUUCCCUCCAAAGAAUGCCCCAGGACCCUCGGACGAGCACACGGCGCUCCCAGCGCUCGUACACGACCAUACCCCAGUGAUGACAAGCGCGCGCUUCUUUGCGUACCGCCAGCUGCCGCGGCAUACCAAAGGCGCAAUCGACCAGCGGCGGGCGCGCCAGCUGCCGGGCAAGCGGCUUGCACCGGAAAAGGACGACGACCGCGUCCCAAUCGUGCUGGUCGCCACAAGCGACGGGCCGCUCGACACGGCGGGGUACACGCUUCUGGUACCCCGCGGCUGGGGGCUCGCGUUUUGGCACUCGCUCGUGUACACCGGCUCGCGUGUGCUGGGCCAGGAGCAGUUGCGGCAGCAGAAACUACACGCCGGCCAGCUGAGCUAUCCCCACGACUGGGUCACGAGUGCGGCGUACGCUGCGCUCGAGACGGCCGCGGCUGCGCAGCGCUCCGCGUCGUGGCACCGCCGGCCGCCCGCGAAGCGCGUCAACUUUGCCGAGGGCGAGUCGGCUGCGCCGCAUCCGUUCGGGGGCAUGGCGCGUUGGCGCGAUGCGCUGCAGCAUGGCGCGGUCGACGGCCCUGCGCCGGCGCAGCUCACGGCGGUGCCUGUCCUGGCAUCGUGGCCGCGUCUCUUGGCGGCCUUGCAGAAGGCGCCCGGCCCUGAUAUGUAUACCCGCUAUGUCUCGCUCUGGACACGGCACACGUACGACGGCGGGGUGUCGCGCCUCCCACUCGCACCGGCGAUCAGUACGCUGUGCCAGUCGGUCGUGCCGGUGCUGCUCGUUGCGUGCCGGCGGGGUGCGUUCCACGAGCUGGCGACGCUCCAUCUUCCCCCGACGCUCGAGGCGGCGCACGCGUGGCGCGCGGCGCUGGAUCCGCCGACGCGCCUCAAGGAUGCUGCGCGCGCGGACCUCGAUGCGCUGGAGCGUGCCCCCCCUGCGCCGUACGUCGGUGCGGUGACGACCGGCGACUAUUCCCUUGCCGACGGGCGUGGGCGUGCGAUCGGCAGCAUGAGCCUCCUUGCGUGGCUCGAGCUGGAGCGCCGCGAAGAGGCGCUGCGUGCUGCGGCGGCGCCCAAGGCAUGGGGCCUGCCGAAGCGCAACCCCGCGGCGUCGUGCGUGCUGCUUCGGCGCGUCUUGUAG